AUUCUGAUUUCAAUGGACGGUUAGGAGAUUUUGGAAUGGCUAGGUUUGAAGAUUACGGAGAUAGCUUACCCGCAACGGCUGCUAUAGGAACAAUGGGUCACAUGGCACCUGAGCUAACAACAGUGGGAACUUCCACAAGAACCAAUGUUUAUGCGUUUGGUGCUUUCAUGCUUGAAGUAACCUGUGGAAGGAGACCGCUAGAUCACAAGAUUCCAGCUGAGAAAAUGCAUUUGAUCAAAUGGGUUUGUGAUUGCUGUAGAAGUGAUUAUCUGCUUGAUGCUAUAGAUAUAAGAAUGGGACUUGAAUACUCUGAAGAGGGUAUUGAUAUGACGGUUUUGCUGGAAGCAGCCUUCACUUCAAGAAGCUCUUUAUCACCAUCAGCCUCUCUUCCUUCGCCUCAUAACUCCAUGUUUGUUAGUCACACAAUCACAUACGGAGAUGGAAGGUGAAAAGUUUAAUACCUUUCUUAA